AUGGACGAAAAGAAUCAAGAGACCACCAUCGACGCCGCCAAGAAGGCCAUUGCCGGUACCGAAGAGGACGAGGCCGAGUCUCCUCCCCGCACCGAGGCCGGCCGCCGCUGGCUAGCCAACCGCCCAGGACCCAACUCUGCAAUGGAGCUGCAUUACUGUAGUCGUUGCCGAGCGUGGCGCACCAAGGCAUCUUGCAACCGAUGCAUGUGGCAGAAGGCCGGAGGAGACCCGGCGGACUGGAUCUGGGAGCACUGCCACUGGCUGUAUGACGACGGCUUCUGUCCCUGCCACUGGGGCGAGUGGGCUCACCACGACUAUGGUUUCUGUCCGACAUCCGGACGCAAGCCUUACGUACACCGUUAUUCCGGCGACGACCAAGAAAGCAACGGAGAUUCCCGAAUCGAGAACGAUACCAGAGCUGCCACCAAUGGUGGCCAGACGCAGGCCGAGGAUUCCGCGCAGGACGCUACCGAGGCCGACAAGGAGACGGAGGCAGCUGUGGGCACCGCGGAGGCAGUCAGCGGCAUGAGCUUGACAACCGCCAACUACCUCAAGCAAUCGGGAAAACUAGCAGCCAUGUCUCGCGAUAUCAACACGGCCUCUCAGCACGAGGACGUCCGCCUCGAGAAGGGUGCCCCCCACAUCAGCCAGUACAACGAUGUCGCCCUCGAUGACAAGGUCCUCAACUCGGAAGCCGCCCAGGCUACCAACACCGAACACAGCUUCGGCGUGUGGGAGGGUCUGAAGACUUACAAGCGAGCUGCUUUCUGGUCCAUCCUCAUCUCAACCACCGUCAUCAUGGAAGGGUACGAUGUGACCUUGAUAGGAUCCUUCUACGGCUACCCGGCCUUCCGAAAGAAGUACGGCGAAUGGCUGAACCCGAAGGAUGAGUGGCAAAUUUCCUCCAUGUGGCAGCAACGAUUCAACUGCCUCGGUGCCCUGGCCAACAUCGUCGGCGCUCUCCUAAACGGAUACCUCACACCCAAGAUCGGCCACCGCUGGAUCCUCAUCGGAUCACUUUUCUGGUUGGCCGCCUUCAUCUUCGUCGUCUUCUUCGCCCACAACAUCGAGAUCCAGCUGCUCGGCCAGGUCCUAUGCAACGUUCCCUGGGGUGUCUUUGCCACUACCGGUCCCGCCUACGCCGCCGAAGUCACCCCCCUCGCUAUCCGUGGCUACUUGACCUCGUAUGUCAACCUUUGCUGGUGCAUUGGCCAGUUCAUCUCUGCUGGUGUUCUCAAGGGCCUGGUCGACCGAGAGGAUGAGUGGAGCUACAAGAUCCCAUUCGCUGUUCAAUGGGUGUGGCCAAUUCCCCUCGCCAUCGCGGCCUACCUGGCACCCGAGUCUCCCUGGCAUCUGGUGCGCGCUGGUAAGCUCGAUGAGGCUAAGAGGUCGUUGGAACGGCUCUCGGAGCCCGAGCACAACUUGAACCACGACAACACCAUUGCCAUGAUGGUCCACACCAACAAGCUUGAGCUCCAAGAGCAGGAGGGCGCCAGCUUGUUGGACUGCUUCAAGGGCACGAACCUGCGCCGUACCGAGAUUGCUUGCAUGGCCUUCCUGUCUCAAAUCACAAACGGUGGUGCUCUCUGCUACUCCGGCUCCUUCUUUUUCCAACAGACAGGUAUUUCUGCCUCGGCCUCAUACGCUAUCAGCUUAGGAGGCACUGGAAUCGCAUUCGUCGGCACCAUCAUCUCGUGGUUUUAUAUCUACAAGUUUGGUCGCCGCACCAUCUGGCUCUGCGGUUUCGCUUUUAUCACCGUCAUUCUCUGGAUCAUUGGCUUCUUGUCUGUUGCCCCCAACCAGACCGAACCGAUCAUCUGGGCGCAGUCGUUGCUCUGUAUUGUCUGGCUCGGUGCCUACUCAAUGUCUUUCGGCCCCAUCGUCUACACGCUCAUCGCCGAAGUUGGAUCUACCCGUCUCCGCACUCAGACUGUCGUGUUGGCUCGUAGCACGUACUACGUUGGUAACAUCAUCUGCGGUGGUUUGAUUCAGCCAAAGAUGUUGGCUCCUGGUGACUGGAACAUCAAGGGCAAGACUGCUUUCUUUUGGUCGGUACUCGCUACGCUCACCUUCGUUUGGGGAUACUUCCGCAUUUUCGAGACAAAGGGCCGCACUUUUGGCGAGUUGGACGUCAUGUUCCAGAAGGGCGUGUCCGCCCGCAACUCGGCCAAGUACCAGCUUACCCAGGAGGAAGUUUUCUUGGCCGAGCAGACACACGAUGUUCCCGGCCAGAGGGAGGAGAAGCGAUGA